AAUUUGAGAAGCUGCAGUUUCCCUUUUAGGUAAUGCUGGUCCACUGAGAGAAAAGAAAGAAAGCUGCUUUCAUUUUCACCGCUUUUCCUGCCCAGGGAGAUGGAGCAGCAAUGGCUGAGAAAAGACCACCAAAAGAAGAUCCGGUCAACAUGGUGAAGUUAAUGGCCAGGAACGUGCUUGAUGGCAUUUUUGAUGAUUUGAUGGAAAAUAAAGUGUUAACUAGGGGUGAGUUACAAAGAUUAGGGGAAGAAGUGGACCACAUUGUGAACAGGACUGGAGACCUGGUUGAUGAUCUCACUGAGAAAACGCAAAUGGCAGGCAAAAUAUUUAAGGACCGUUUCUUCAACCCCAAGAAACAACUGAGUUUAAAUAUAUCCAGUGAUGGAGAAUGAAGGCUGGACACGCCUGGCCUCAUCAUCUGCAACAAAGAAUUUGACUAUCUUUCUAAUCAAUAUGGUUCUGAGGUUGACCUUUUGGGAAUGCAAGAUUUGCUUGAAAACCUUGGAUACUCAGUGGUUGUAAAAGAGGAUCUCACAGUUCUGGAAAUGGAAACAGCGCUAAGACAGUUUGCUGCCCGCCAAGAGCACCAGUCCUCAGACAGCACAUUCCUUGUAUUUAUGUCACAUGGCAUCAUGGAUGGAAUCUGUGGGUCAAAAAACACAGAAAAAGACCCAGAUAUUCUUCGUGAUGAUACCAUCUUCCAAAUUUUCAACAGCCGUAACUGCCAGAGUCUAAAAGACAAACCCAAGGUCAUCAUUAUGCAGGCCUGCUGAGGCAAAGGUGCUGGAGUUGUUUGGGUGACUGACAUGGGAGAAGCCUCUGCAUAUAGGUAUGACCAGUUCUUGCAGUGUUCCAUCUGGAAUGAUGCCAUUACAAAGAGCCAUGUGGAGAAAGACUUCAUUGCUUUCAAAUCUUCGACUCCACAUAAUGUUUCCUGGAUACUUUACACAAAUGGCUCACUCUUCAUUUCCCAACUUAUCUACUACUUCAACGAAUAUUCUUGGUGUUAUCAUUUGGAGGAGAUUUUUCGAAAGGUUCAACAUUCAUUUGAGACCCCAAAUGUACUGACCCAGAUGCCCACGAUUGAAAGACUAUCCAUGAUACGAUAUUUCUACCUCUUCCCAGGGAAUUAAAAUCAUGCAAAGCAUUCAGGUAAAUGUAUCCAAGAAGUGGAUUUGGGUUUUCCCUGCUCAGAGUCUACACAAAAAGUCUGGACAGAAUGGAGAACAAUGACAGAGUGCUGCAGCACCGUAGUCACUGAAGCUCGUCUUAUCUGCCUUUUCUUACUGGUCGCUGGUGAAACCGUAGUUUUAUUUGACUUUGGCCAUUGUAUAAUGACUGCACAUGAAAUGAUAAAAGUCCAAUGGUAGCUUGCUAGAAAACAUUUCAGUCCUCAUUUCUCUCAAGGAUCUACUCAGUGAAUAUAAAAUAAUUAGUUUUGAUGCAUGUACAAACAUACUAUGUAGAGCAGGUGUUUAGCUUCCUGACUUCCGAGAAGUCAGUUUUGCUGAGUCACAUCCCUUCUCUGUUUGUGAUGAGGGCUGCCUGGACCACAGUGUCAACUGUUAUUGCUGGAUCUAUGCUGAGACCAUGAGACCCUAGUGUAAAUCUUCCCAUUUGGGGAUGACAGGUCCAUAGCCCUUUUGUGAAGAUACAUCUCACAGGAGAGAUGAGUUCUAUUUAUAUCUUAUCUCUAGGAUCCCAAUUACUCAUGUUCUCUUCUCUUUAUUCUUUCCAGGAAAAUUAAGGCAUUAUGGUUCCUAUGAAUCUACUAUUUUAAAAGGUCAACUUAAUUAAGAAUAUUUUUAUAUAAACUUCCCAACUGCCCAUCCUCCAAAAAUAACAGGGUAAAAUCAUUCCUAUACUACUGCUGCAUUAAUGCUUCAUAAAUUCUUUUAAAAUUAUGCUUGCUUUCUCAUUUUACCAUAAAUAUGUCAUGCUCAUUACAAAACAAAUUUUAAGUAUAGAAAACCAAAAAAUUUAACUAAGAAAUAAUACUUGUUAACCUUUUUGGUAUUUCUAGAUGCAAGUCUAAAUACUUCUACAUUUUUUUAUUGUCAAGAUUUGUUAUAUGCACACAAGAAAUAAAGCCGAUAAUGAUUGGCAAAGAAAUGAAGAUAAAUGCCUCUUUUUAAUACUGUUACUAAUUUAAUAGAUAAAAAUAGUCAAUUUCAUUGGAACAUAUUUUAAGUAUCUUUAUUAGCUAGAUCUUAAUAUGAAUUAUUAAUUCAUAUUAUUUUCCUAUUUUGUUUCAAGUUUUUUGUGUUUUUCUUAUCAACUUGUGUAAAUCCUCCCUGUAUUAGAAGGAAGGAUUAGAUCAUGUUCUUAUGUUAUUAGAUCAUGGUCAUGUUAACAUGUAUUUCUUAGUUUGAUAUUAUUUUGUGUAUGCUAUUAUGUGACAUGUAGAACAUUGAAAUUUUCAGUAAUGACAUCCAUUUAUAUUUUUCUGCAUUUACUUUUACUUUUUUAAA